CUUCCAAAGUCUGGAGUUUUUGGAGUGAGCGAAGAAGGGGCCGAGGAGUAAGUUGCGAAGAGCUCGUGCGCCAAAGAGCGCCAUUUUUUUACGGCCGCGAAGAACACCACCGCCGCACACACCGACGUUUGUUGGCGGGGGGACAACCCGUGGCACACUCUUGGCGUUUUCAAAAAGGCGCGCGCCCAGCUAGUGUACAGUCAACGUCGUUGUCGACGACGCAGAGCGGAAAUGUGCAUCCUCCUUCUAGCGUUGGGCCUCCUGGCCCUCAGUUCUAACCUCGGAUGCGAGGCUCAUUUCUUCAAGAAAGUUGGACUGUUUCGCCCCUACGGAGGCAACAACCCAGGCGUGAGCUACCUAGGACUCCCACAUCAAGGGCACUACUUUGGAGCAUUACCAGGCCGUGACGUUCUUACGAUACCUGCAAGGCUCCCUGCAAGGCUCCCUGCAAGGCUCCCUGCAAAUCUCCCUGCAAGGCCCCCUGCAAGGCCCCCUGCAAGGCUCCCUGCGAGGCUCCCUUUACCACACGGUGGCAACUUCGGAUUUCGAAUUCAUAUCCAACGCAAUCUGCCAGGACGAGCACCGUAUGUUCCUCACCAGCCCUUGCCGCCUCAUGGCGGUGGCGGCUGGAGAUAUGCCAUUAGGCCGGUCAACUACCCUACAGAUCCGGCUGCUACUCAUAGACCGGUAAUUCCGUGGAGACCAAUUUAUCCGUCAGGACGAGUGGUUACGUCAAAACUGCUAGUUCUCUCAGGACGAGCGGUCUGGCCAAGGCCAGUCAACAAGCCAGGCAAGCGGCCAGCACCGGGAGGCGGCAGCAAUACUCCAGGUCCGGCUGCUACUGAUAGGCCAGUAACUGCGUGGAGACCAACUUAUCCGUCAGGACCAGUGGUUACAUCAAAACCGUUGGUCCCAUCAGGACCAGUGGUCCCAUCAACGCCAGUCAACAAGCCAGGCAAGUGGCCAGAACCGAGUGGCGGAAGCAAUCCUCCAGGGAAGGGGACCAAUGACGGCGCGCCAUGUGACGACGAGUGCAAGCCCGGAGAGAACGACUCCAACAUCCAGACUCAUAUUCACAAACGCUCCUUGACUCGACGGUAAACCUUGACUCCGUGGAGUUGAGGAAACUGCUUCUCCUCAACUCGAGGGUCCAGUGGUAUUCAUGGAUGCUGCUCAGCGUUUCUUCUGACGAGGAGCACUUCACGAAGGCGUCUUCCACUCCAACGCACUUGAGAGACGCAGGGGUUGGGGGGUGGGGGGUGGGGGGAGAGAUUAUGCCAAAAUACUAUGUCUAAAGCAUCCUGGGAGCAUCGAAACAAGAACAGUUAUUUUUUUUUAUUUUCCGUUCUAAACUACUAUUAUAAGUUUUUGGGAGUCGGCGCUGCAGCGGCAGAAAUGUUUAUCCUGCGUUGUGGUUACAGAGCCAACAGAGCUGCGGGGAUUGUUCUCUCUGGCAACAUAACAGCCUAGUAUGCGAGCGAACGAUGCCAUGUUUUGUUAUUACUUCUAACAAGCAUCGAAGAUCACAACACGACGCGUAGGUGCAGUGUGCGUAUUCUGGUGGCAAUGUGAUCAGUAAUAGCUCACUCGAGACGACGAGUCUUUGGAAAGGGAGAACAUACGCAGUGCUGCUGUUUUUAGUUCUCUCACAGAAAUAUUCCGCCGUAAGGCGGCAAACAGGUAUAAAAGGGUACAAAAUAGAAAACCACAGUAGCUGAGUUUUAACUUGACCCGCUCGGAUCAUCUUUGGAGACAUAUAUUCCAUCACCCAGAAAAUGUGAUCGUGGAACGAAUGCUUCGCAGACGACCGCAUUCCUGUGCGAGCGCCGUGUGUUUGUAAAUGCGUCGUAGCGGACGUAGCGCAUCUCUAGUUCGUUUAUGUUAGUUUUAUCAGCAAAAAAAAAAAGGAGUUCCUAAAUUUCCUCGACGUAGUUAUUAUAACACAAAAGUUUAUUUAAACUAGCCACUUCCGUGCGAGUUCGAUGUUGUGCAAAGGCCCUUGUGUAUGGCAGACGACACAGCAGAUUGGUGCGCACCGCACCCGAUCAAGCUUCCCGUUGUUUAUGUUGGCACGCUCUGAUGGCCCAUCCAUUGCAUUUAGGGUCAUUUCUACAAUGAAAGAAAGCAAAAAAAAAAGCACCGCUAACAAAGAGCCCUCAGCGCGCCUUGGUUACUCAGAGGAAGAGCGGGAGCUCCUGAGAUCACUGGUUCAAAAGUACGAGCACAUCAUUGAAAACCGUCGCACAAAUGGCAGUUCUGUGGAAGCAAAGAACAAUUCGUGGAGGAACAAAAAUGUGUGCUGACUACAGCUCGCAACAACACAUUAGGCCACGAACAGAAAAGCGGCUCCACAAACUCUGAGAGAAGCUUAACAAUCGGUGAAAAAAAAAAAAAAAAGGACUCGCAAGGAAAGAGGGACACUCGCGCGACACGUAUGUAAGCCAAUUUUUCAUGUGUUAAAGAAGCUGAAGAUACAUUAUUAUGCACUGUUAUAUGAGAACGGUACAUGUAUACGGAGAAGGGGGUGAAAUAAUGUUCAUAAAAAGUAAAUUAAUAAAAUAGCGGCUUCGAAGUAGAGAACACCUCUGCCGACGUUUGAACAUUUGCUGACGUCGUGCACGCAGAGCAAUCGAAAUAUUUCGGAGCUCCAUAAUUUCAAGUUCACGUGACACUUUUCGCACGGGCGAAAGGAGUUUGACGACGACAUCCUUGCAUAACAAUCUACAUUGACGCAAACCACGACACAAGAAAGUGGUAGACGCGUUCAAAUUGCUGUCUCCUACUCAGAAACUCUAUACGUGCGACAGGCCCGUAGCCAGGGGGGGGGGGGGGUGAGGCUAGCCCUCCCCCCCCCCCCUCCCGGAAAUUUUGGUGAAUUAGGCGUUUUUACCAAAAAUAAGUAGUAAAGAUAGGUGUUUUCUCAAAAAGUCAGGGUUUUCAGCAAGUGCCCCCCCCCCCUCCCCCCCCGAAAAAAAUUCCUGGCUACGGGCCUGACGUGCGACUUUUCGGACUUUCGAGGCAUUACGUGGGUACACACUGGUACACCACCAGUUGCAAAAGUAAGAUAGUAUACUUGCUUCGUUCGUUAAACUUUCUUCCACUUGUUACCUAAGAUCGUUUGAACGCAGUCACGCGCGAUACUUUGUGAAAGGGCUGGCAUGGCGUCGAACUUCAGACACGGCACACUGCAGAAGCACCCAGUUUUACCGCUGUUGCUUGUUGAAAGAGAAAUAAAAGCGUACGCAUGUGCAGA